AUGAGCUUCAAGGAUCUGAAAAAGGAACUUCCAAACGAUGAGAUAUCCGAUCCGAUUCUUGUCCCGCCAUUAAACGAGAACACCCAGCCUUGCCUUUGUCGCCCUCUCAACAGUGCUACCACCAUGCCGCCAAUCGCGUCUACUGCAUCCUCAACGAAGGCCAGACCGACACUUAACCAGAUAGCCCCCACUCGGAAAGUGAGUGUUUCUACCAAAUCUACUUCUUCCGCCAAUCCAAGCGCCAAUCCAGGCCGGAUCCCUCUGCCACCUUCAUACACAUAUUCUUAUGCACAGGGAGGCGUCCUGGCAAAGGCAAACUGUAGCCAGCGCCGAAUUUCAGGCCAGAGACCUCUGAGCUACUCCUCAACUACAAGCAAGGAAGAAAAUACAAUCAUGAAUGCUAGCCUUCGAGCUGCAAGCCUGGAUACCCAUAAGAGUCACAAAGCUGAUCCUUCUGUCGCACAUCCAAGCCCUGAAGGCCCCAUGGACUCCUCGAGCAUACUCCCACAUCUUGACCGGCCAAAAUACCCAGUCACCGGAGAAUCACACCCUCAUCCCGAUGAUCUCCUGGAGGGAAACGGCAAAGUAAAAUACAUUCCGAAGACAUGGUUGAAUGGGCCUUGCCCGCUAACUCCUUCGCCACUCAAUGGAAAAGACUCGGUCGACCCUACCAGCACAGUGAAACACUACCGAAGCAGUUCUAUUCCUUCUCGCGUCCCGACACUCAAAGAGCGGUUCGAGAAAGGAGGGCUCUCAGAGGGGACCACCAAUGGCCUAAGUCGUUCUAUGGGACUGCAGGUUGAUGAAAUUGUCGAGAUGGUCCGGUUAAUCCAACGCCACGCAGAUACUGGGAUUGAGAGUAUGACCAAAAAGCUGGAGGCACUUUCUACCUGGAUCACUAAUCAGCUCAACCAUCAUAUCCAGACUAUCACAGAUCUGUCUCUGGCUAACUCAGAUCUUUUCAAUAAGCAGAGCCAACUCUCACGAGAGAUGAUGGGUUUACAGCUAGCCCUACGUCUUGAAAUUGGCGGCAUGGAGCGACACCUCAACGGCUUCGAGAUGCAGCUAGUGGACGAGUUACAAGCUGAGUUCCGGGCGCUAGCGAAGUCGUACGAGGAACUGGACAUCAAAACGGAUGCUUUGCUUCAGGACUCUUCGAAAGAUGACGCGAAACACUUCAUAGAAGUCCAGCGCUUGAAAAAUACUGAGAUCGAAGCUGAGAUUGCGUAUCUCAAAGGUCAUGCUCCGCAUGAUCCUGCAUUGCUUCCCCCUCCCACUCUCCCUGUCAUGCCAGUUAUGACCAUCUCGAGCACGCGCAGUAUCGAGCCUCUGAUCAGAAGGAUUGAAUCCACAGUCAAAAUUGCCGAAAAGGAUGCCAGGCUUAAGGACAUCGCCACGAAUGUAGGUGUUCUUGCAAUCGCGGCCACGCAUCCCCCUAUGCUUCCACCCCCCUCGAGCUCCAAUGAAAGCAUCAACUUCUGGUGUCAAGAGACUGUCUCCGACAAAUGUAGAUGCGGGGGAGGCGAGGAACAGAAAACUUAG